GACGCUAGGGAAGCAACAAGCUUGAUUGAAUCAAAAAGCCUAUGCUACAAUAACGGGACCGCUAUUUAUCCGUUUAUAUUCAGAAGCAAGCCGUGCAUUUGGUGAAGCUGUGGAGGGGAGAUGUCGGCUGUGUACAAAGACGACCAGGAUGACUGGAUGACAGUCUGCCUCAAGUACCUCCUCUUUGUCUUCAACGUCCUCUUCUGGGUUGGUGGAGCGGCGGUGAUGGGCGUGGGAAUCUGGACCUUGAUAGACAAGAGUGACUACCUGAGCCUGCUGGCCUCCAGCACCUUCGCCGUGUCCGCCUACAUCCUCAUCCUGGCCGGGGCCCUGGUCAUGGUCACGGGCUUCCUGGGCUGCUGCGCCGUCAUCAGGGAGCAGAGGAGCUGCCUAUCCACGUAUUUCUGCUGUCUGUUGCUGAUCUUUCUCAUAGAGCUGGUGGCAGGAGUCCUGGCCUAUGUGUAUUACCAGAGGCUCAGUGAGGAGCUGAAGCAGCACCUGAAUCAGACCAUGACAGAGAACUACGCCCAGCCAGGGAAAGAGGCCAUCACCCUGGCCGUGGACAGACUACAGCAGGAUUUCAAGUGCUGUGGCAGCAACAACUCGUUUGAUUGGCUGCACAGUGUGUAUGUGACCUCGGCUGAGUCGGAGCGCAGGGUGGUCCCGGACAGCUGCUGUAAGACCAUCACCACCCUCUGUGGCUGCAGAGACCACCCCUCCAACAUCUACAAGACUGAGGGUGGCUGCAUCACCAAGCUGGAGCAGUUCCUGGCUGACCACCUGCUGAUCAUUGGAGCUGUGGGGAUAGGAGUGGCCUGUCUACAGCUGGCCGGGGCCAUGUUGACGGCCUGCUUUAUCUAUCUGCUGUAUAAAGAAGAGGAGGAGGACUUCUCUGCCGUGUGAUUGGCUAAGCCUCUGUCUGGUCACACUCGGUGGGGACGGGACAAGAUCUGUGGGAUGACGUUCACAUGCUGCCUACACAGAAGGAUUAAGUUGGACCCUUAUUGAACCCUACAGUCCAGCCCCCCAACACCAUCCUGCCUCACGGCCCAGGGAGCAACAAUGCCUGCUGAACACUCAACCUUGACCUCUAACCCCUCCUGACCUCUGAACCUUACAAUCCAACCCUGCCUGGAUCCUUCUGCACCCCUGCCUUGGCUUGGAUGCAUUCACCGCCCCCCACUCUCUCAAAGACAAGGCCAAUGAAGAAGAGAUGCUUUGGUAUUUUGGUGUUGUUAUUUUCUGUAGUAAGCCUACUGCUGUUUAUGUAAGGUAGUUCUUACUGUAUGUUGUCAAUACAGUCAAAUCCUUACUGUAGAUUUCACAGUUAUCAACAUUCCACACAACUGGAAGGCAAAGCGAAGUGGUUGUGACUGAGAAUCAAGUGUACUGUACACACUCUCAUGGUGUUGCUGCUUGCGAAGGGUUGAUUAUUGAAUUAGUGCUAUAUUCAGUGUGUCACGGAUGUGAACCACAAUGUGCCUCUGUCAUCGUUUUAUCACAUAUUCUCUGAUAGCUUUGUUACACCAUGGUAAUCGAUGUUUGAUCUACAUCACAAAGAAAAACAAUCAUGAGUUGAUUGAUACCCACAGAAUAAUCGAGUAGAUAUAGGGAAAACUCCAUUAUGUGUAUAUAGAUGAUAGCAAAUCUUGAUAUGAAUGAAAAUAGCACUAAACGCUGCUAAGAGUAACGUUGCACCUAACGUUUCUGUAUGUGUUGCCUCCGUAGUUUGACUAACAAAUCUCGUUCUGUGUUGUAUGCUAUGCUAAACCUACAGUACCACUCUUUCAAUCCCAGGACCAACUGACUUGUUUUACGGACACUUUUAUUAUGCUGGAGAAACGUUGUCAUUUACCAAUGAUACGGGGUCAGAUCUUUCUACGUUCCCCCUACUGGUUAGAUUAGGAUUCAGGGGUUAUGGGCGACUUCUGAGGUUUGAACUGUCAUGAGUCUGUCCUCUCCUCUGGUGUGGGUUAAGAUCCCCAUCUAGUGGUGGAUAUUGGUACAUACUCCUGUGCAGUGCUCCUGUAGUAUUCUGUGUAGGGUUGCAAAAUUCUGAGAACUUUCAAUACAUUUUCUGGUUUUCCAGAAAUCCUGGUUGGAGGAUUCUGGAUUUCCUGCUUAUUCCCUCCUGAUUCAAGGAUUCCUCCAACUGGGAUUUCGGGGAAACCAGGGAAUUUGUUGAAAGUUCCCGGAAUUUUGCAACCCUAAUUCUUUCUCACUGAUUCUGGAGCAGCCAGGCAGCCUUGGAUCGACUACUGCCUUUAAAGACUAACUACAUGAAGGCAUGAGAUAUAUUUGAUUGUUUUGCUGUUAUUCAAAGAGAUGAAGACACGUAUGCAGAUGGUCUUUCUUUCUAUUCCCCCAAGUGGCCCACCGAAAGCUGUUCUUGCUGUUCAUGUAUUUUUCUAAUCGAAAUGGGUCAAAAUAUUAUAUAACAUUAUAGUAUGUAUAAUAUAAGAAAUAUAUAAUAAAACAUAUAAGAUAUGAUCUGGGCUGUUUCUAUACUGUAUACUGUAGUAAUCAAAGUAUGCCUUUGUCUGUUUAACAAAAAUGUCAUAGCUAUUGAAUUUAUGUUGAUGGUAGUCUUUAACUGGUUUCCUACAUCAUUCAAUGGUUUGGUAUUAUUAUUCUCAGCAGUUUUCUCUUCGCAUCAAUGUCUUGAAUGUUUUGUUACAGUACAUGACUAUUGCUACUUUAAGACAUCAUGUUUAUAUUUAUACUCUUCGAUAUGAGGAGGGCCUCCCGAGUGGCGCAGUGGUCUAAGGCACUGCAUCGCAGUGCUUGAGGCGUCCCAGCCUGUGUCGUUGUUCCAUCGCGCUCUAGCGUCUCCUUGUGGCGGGCCGUGCGCCUGCAAGCUGACUUCGGGCGCCAGUUGUACGGUGUUUCCUCCGACCCAUUGGUGCAGCUGGCUUCCGUGUUAAGCGAGCAAUGUGUCAAGAAGCGGCUUGGCAGGGUCGUGUUUUGGAGGACGCAUGCCUCUCGACCUUCGCCUCUCCCGAGUCUGUACGGGAGUUGCAGCGAUGGGACAAGACUGUAACUACCAAUUGGGGAGAAGAAGGGGUAAAAGUACAAACAAAAAUAAGAUAUGAAGAGAGCUGUACGUGCACAGGCCAUGUUUGAAAGAAGUGCGUAGCCUAUCUGUGAAGAGCGUUGAAAGGUUAAAAAAAUCUGUCAAUGUGCUGUUGGGCAAGGUCCUUAACCCUAAUUGUUGCUGUAAGAGUGUCUGCUAAAUUACUCAAAUGUAAAAGCUGGUGUGACAUUGGGAUGCACUGUAUGACUUGUUCUGUACAAUAUGAUUACAUAAACGUUUUUUAUCUACUCAAUAAAUAUGAUACUAUAUUA